AUGAAUAGUUGCAUAUCCGAUGUGAAUUUGUUACUUUUAGAUAUAAUUGAGACUCGUGAUUCUCUAAUCACGAUCACUAUCCAAAAGCAUUUGGAUGAAAAACUUUGGCCCAUGUUUGCAAUGCUGAACAAGCUUGAGGGUGUUUCAGAGGAAGCAGAAGAAAAUGAAAAAAAGCUUCGUGAUGCUCAAAUCACUCUUGAAGCUAGAAAGAUGUUAUUUCCUCCUUGGUUUAUGGAGAGAAUUUUAACAGAAGCCACUGAAAAUCUGAGCAUUCACAAGUUAGAGCUAGUUACUUAUUUUGAGCUAGAAAACACCAUGGAUUUGCAACUGGAUUUCCCCAUCACCCCGGAAGCAUUUUUGUUUCAUAGAUUUGAGGUAGUUGCAAAUGUUGUAGAUUCAGAUGAGGGUGUUAUGUAA